UAUUUAAAGAUGUGUUUUAAUACAUACAUUUGUCACAAUACAGAUUUUAAAAGCACUAUUACAAUUGUAACAGUCUGCAGUACAUGCGUUGUGAUUGCAAACGGGCGGAGUUAUGGUUCCGCUCGUUCUCGUGGGUGGCGUUUCAGGACGCGGAGGCGCGCGUGCAGGUAGAAGCAGAGUAGCGGAUGAUUCGUGGAGCGCAAUAAAGGAUAACAGCUAGGAGCUUCAUCAAUUCUAAGUUGCCGCGCAGUAGAGCAGCGAGAGAACGGUGAAGCUAUGAUGGCCCCUUGAAACCAAACACGUUUUUCAACAUCCUCGGAUCACAGGCAGCUUGUUACAUAGCCCGUAAUUCCUCUCCUCUGGUCGACCUUUCACUCUUUUAUUAUGGAGGCCAGGGGAAAAUAUGACUUUAAUGGCACGGCAGAGGAUGAGCUCAGCUUUCGAAAAGGAGACAUUCUGAAGAUCCUUGGAUCUCAGGACGACUGGUUUAAGGCAGAGCUACAUGGUCAUGACGGCUACAUACCCAAAAACUACGUUGAGAGACAAACACCAAGCUGGUUCAAAGAGACUGCCAGCCGUGGUUCAGCUGAAGAAAUACUCAUGUCCCGGGAGGUUGGAGCUUUUAUGAUCCGAGGCAGUCAGAGUUCUCCUGGAGACUUUUCCAUCUCAGUCAGACACGAGUUUGACGUACAACAUUUUAAAGUUAUGAAGGAUAAUAAGGGCCAUUAUUACCUGUGGACAGAGAGGUUUACCUCCCUCAACAAGCUGGUGGACUUCUACAAGUCCACCUCUAUAUCCAAGCAGAGAGAGAUCUUUCUCAGAGAUGGAAGUGAAGCCGAGCCAAGAGCACCUCAGCCUCCGGAAGUUCGAUCCCCCCCAGGUGGCGGCUAUGGUGGUCCCCAAUCUUCAACACAACACCGCAACACAGCAGAUCACAACCAGAAGAGUAAGAGGGGAAGUGUUGAGGACAAAGCUAACACUGUGCCUCAUGCCGGGAGGAACAGCCCUGCUCCUCGACGAAGCUCAGAAACUGCUCCGAGGUCGACCAUACAGGUCAGAGCCGUAUAUGACUUCACAGCCGAGGAAGAUGAUGAGUUGGGCUUCAGUGCAGGAGACAUCAUUGAAGUUCUGGACCGUUCUGAUGCAUCAUGGUGGAAAGGACGAUUGCGUGGCAGGACCGGUCUUUUCCCUGCCAAUUACACUGAUCAGAUCUGACACCUUCCCAUUGCUCAGAGGAGUGGAACCACCUUGCCAACAGUCAAAACAUAAUUUAUAGCAUUCUGUCUCAGAGUGCCGGUCUGUAACAUAUUGACUAAUGUACGGACUGGUCCAUAAUUUCAAGAAUUUCGAUUUUAGAAGGAUGGCUGCAGCACCGUUCAAGAGAACUGAGAUUCCAAGUGUUUUAUUUAAUAAAUAAGGUACGAAGAAAUAGACCAUUACCCUUAUAUGCCAAAUUCCCCAAAGGACGUGAUCAUUUCCUUUAUGAAAUAUUGAAUUGUACAUUGCCCUCAUACAAUAACCCUCUUAUCUCAUUCAUCAUCAUGUCAAGAAGUUAUUUCCUUAGGACACUAAACAUUGUAAUAAUGUUUUUACAAAUAAGAAACCAGGCAGAAGAGUUAUUGUAUAAUUAUUGUUUUGAUAAGCAGAAUGGAAAAUACAAAUGAUUGGUAUGUUCUAAAUAAACAUGACCUUUUUGCUUUAAAACAUAAGUAUUAUUU